CCGGACGUGACGCCGCAGCGGAGGAGGAAGGGAGAGGCGGGGCGCCGCGGUGACGUCCUCCCAAGAUGGCGGCGAGAGAGUGAAGAAACUGUUUCCCUUGGGCGGCUACCGAUCAAGGGUAAAAUUCUGAUACCAAAAUGCAGUAUUCGCACCACUGUGAGCACCUUUUAGAGAGACUGAACAAACAGCGGGAAGCGGGCUUUCUCUGUGACUGUACCGUAGUGAUUGGAGACUUCCAGUUUAAGGCGCACAGGAAUGUGCUUGCCUCCUUUAGUGAGUAUUUUGGUGCGAUCUACAGAAGCACUUCUGAGAACAAUGUUUUUCUUGAUCAGAGUCAGGUGAAGGCUGACGGAUUUCAGAAACUGUUGGAGUUUAUAUAUACAGGAACUUUAAAUCUCGACAGUUGGAAUGUUAAAGAAAUUCAUCAGGCUGCUGACUAUCUCAAAGUAGAAGAGGUAGUCUCUAAAUGUAAAAUAAAGAUGGAAGACUUUGCUUUUAUUGCUAGUCCCUCUUCUACAGAAGUAUCUAGUAUUACUGCAAACAUUGAAUUGAAUCAACAGACCUGUCUUCUAACUCUUCGAGAUUAUAACAAUCGGGAGAAGUCAGAAGUAUCCACAGACUUAGUUCAGGCAAAUCCUAAACAACGGGUAUUGGCAAAGAAAUCAUCUCAAAGUAAAAAGAAGAAAAAGGCUUUCAAUCCACAGAAAGCAGGACAGAAUAAAGCAGCGCAAUACCCCAGUGAUGUUUUAGAGAGUGCGCCUGUGGAGCUGUUCCUAGAUACAGGUAAGUUGUCCUCACCUGUAGACGAACAAGUCAUCCAGGGAAAUGAUAAUUCAGAACUCGAGUUGACCUCAGUUGUGGAAAAUACUUUUCCAGCACAAGAUAUUGUGCAAACUGUUACAGUCAAACGGAAACGCGGCAAGUCACAGUCACACUGUGCUCUGAAAGAACACUCCAUGUCUAAUAUAGCCAGUGUAAAGAGUCCCUAUGAACUGGAGAACACUGGCGAAGAGCUGGAUCAGCGGUAUUCCAAGGCCAAGCCAAUGUGUAACACGUGCGGGAAGGUGUUUUCAGAAGCCAGCAGCUUGAGAAGGCACAUGAGAAUACAUAAAGGAGUCAAACCCUACGUCUGCCACUUGUGUGGAAAGGCUUUUACCCAGUGUAACCAGCUGAAAACACACGUAAGAACUCAUACAGGGGAAAGGCCAUACAAAUGUGAACUGUGCGAUAAAGGAUUUGCUCAGAAAUGCCAGCUGGUCUUCCACAGUCGCAUGCAUCAUGGUGAGGAAAAACCCUAUAAAUGUGAUGUGUGCAAUUUACAGUUUGCAACUUCUAGCAAUCUCAAGAUUCAUGCAAGGAAGCACAGUGGAGAGAAGCCAUAUGUGUGCGAUAGAUGUGGGCAGAGAUUUGCCCAAGCCAGCACACUGACCUACCAUGUCCGUAGGCACACUGGAGAAAAGCCUUAUGUGUGUGACACCUGUGGAAAGGCAUUUGCGGUCUCUAGUUCUCUUAUUACUCAUUCUCGGAAACAUACAGGUGAAAAACCAUACAUAUGUGGUAUUUGUGGGAAAAGUUUUAUUUCCUCAGGAGAGCUCAACAAACACUUUCGAUCCCAUACAGGAGAACGGCCAUUUAUCUGCGAAUUAUGUGGAAAUUCUUACACAGACAUUAAAAAUUUGAAGAAGCACAAAGCAAAGGUCCAUUCUGGUGCAGAUAAAACUCCAGAUGGCAGUGUAGAGGACCAUGCUUUAAGUGAACAGGAUCCCACACAAAGAAGUCCUUUGUCAGAAACUCUAGACGUGAAGCCUUCAGAGAUGACUCUCCCCUUAGCGCUUCCACUGGGAACUGAAGACCAUAUGCUUCUGCCUGUCACAGACAGUCAGUCUCCAACGUCUGACACACUGUUGAGGGCAACUGGGAAUGGAUAUUCAGAGCCACAGUUGAUUUUUUUACAGCAAUUAUAUUGACUUUGAGGGCGUGGAACUGCUCAGACAUCCCUGGUAGUAAACAAACAUCUCUGGUAAUGUGCGUAUUCAUAUUACUCCCCAUUCAUUUGAGCUGUGUGGCCAUUAUGUUAUGUUAGAAGUAAAAGCACCUGACUCUGCAUCCAUCGGUGCUCAUGUUGGUUUUGGCUCUCAUUGUAAACAGCCUUUCAGGGAGAGACUUCCACUGUGGCAGCACUAUUUUGGGUGGUAAGUUUUAGACACUGUUAAAGCUGCCUUAAUUCCAUUCUUAUUUUUGACUUCUUUGUUCCUGAGGUAAAAUCUGACCUGUGGAUUUUUUUUUUAUUGUUCUUUCCUAACUGUUUAAGCAAAUCUACAGUACUGUCAACUUCAAAGUGUUUCUGUUUGUAAACCCUGUGGACCAGUAUAUAAACUGUUGGGGGUGUUAAAUUUCAUAUUUAUACCUAUGAAAAUUUAGAUACUAAGGAAGAAUUGUGCUAUUUAUUAAUAUAUUCCUUUAGAGGUAACUUUUCUAAUAGAGCCAAAAGAAGUAUUUCUCUUAAAACCCAGAAAAAUGUAUGUACAUUUUUGUUCAUUUAGAAUGAACUUAGUACUCUGGACAAAGCCAAUAGUCAAAUCAGUUUUUGUUUUGAGUUGAGACUAUAUUUUUUAAAUAGAUAUUUGGUGUUUUUAAGUGGUCAAAAGACGGUUUUGAAAUUUGAUUCAUUUUAUAUUUUAUUAGAUUUUUAGAUUAUUGGAAGUGAAUAUAUAACAAGUUUGAAAAUUUUGAUAAGCCUAUCUUUUAUCGGAUAUGCACUUUUUAAAAUAAAUGUUCUAAAAAGAAUUUUCUAGAUAUAAAACACAUACUAGAAAUCACUUGGCUUCUCAAUUUGAUAUUAUUGCAUAGAAAAAUCAAGAAACUUGAGUAGCUUGCCUAAAGCAACACACACAUACACACACACAAAUAGGAUUACUAUCCUAACUUCAAUUAUAAGCUACACUUUUUGAUUAUCAGUUUAUUUACCAUUUUAUAUUUGAGUUUUCUAUAAGUAUGGGCUUUUAAAUUUUAUAAAUCAAACUACAACUUUUGGUUGUUGGCUCUAGCUUCUUAGUGGUCCUCUCAUUCCAGGAGGAUGUAGAGAAUUCAGUGUCACCCCAUCCUAGACGCUUGCUGCCACUUUCCUCCAUGUUAAUUUAUCUCAUUGCCUCACCCUUGUAUUUUAAAUUACAGUUUCAGAAGGUUAGUUCCCGUAGGACUGAUAAAAAUAGGACUAUUUCUCAUUUCUGCCAUAAGUUAUGCUUACUUGUUUUCAUGAUUUUAACUACACUGAAAUAAAUUCAAUAUGUUUACCAAUAUUGAAUUCUUUAGUCAUAAUUCCCUGUUUGGGUUCAAGUCUCAGAAAUGAGAAGACAUAAUAAAAGCACUCGGUUCUUCUAGACUGAAGUAGCGAUACCUUUUCUAGAGCAUAUAGCGUUUUCACAGUAAAUUACCACGAGCGAACAGACUUAACUGGAGAGAGUGUGAAAUAGCCACCUUUGUGUAAUGAACUUAUUAUUUUACUAUUAGCUAAGAAAUCUGUGUGUAUGUUAAAUGAGCAUUCUGAGUUUGAAUAAAAUUUGUAAGGUUA